AUGGUGAAUACUCGCAAAGGGUCUUAUAUGCCUAAGCAGUUUGAAGAUGCACCUAAUGUCAUUACUUCUUCGCCUCCUCCAGUACAACAUGCAAGGGUAAGAGGUCACCGGUUCAAAAGCACUCCUUUUCAGAGACCCUAUCGGCUUCCGUCUGAAAAAGUACAGGGAGAGGCCUCUAGUAGGUUGCAGGAAUCUUUACGAUCUGAGGUUGUGCCUGAAGUUGGUGAGUCUUCCGUUCCUGGUUCUCUUACUGUGCAUGCACAUCGAGCUUUUGAGGCCAUUGUAUCGGAUAUGGAUUCGGAUGAUCAGGAUGAUGUUCCGUUAAUUCGAUUGUUAAAGAAACCCUUAGGGCCAAUUAUAUCUGAGAAGCUCCCUUCUGAUCCCCCGGAUUCCAUUCACUCUCAAGAAAGCUCAUCAACAGAAAGGGUAUUCAUUCAUACUCUAGGAGGCCUUCGACGACCACCAGCUAUGCCUUCAGGUCAUUCUCCCUUUGUUCACCCUCCUCGAUCAAAAUUACUUGCUUCAAAACCUGAUAUGGUGCCUGCACACAUUCCUGGGUUCACUACUGCUGCACAUGAGGAACAGGCUGAUGUUUCUCGAAAUGAAGAUCAGUGUGCUUCUUUUGACCAAGCUGACAUACCUCCUAAAGACAUUCCUCCUCCUACUAAUGAUCUCAUUGCUCCAUCACCUGAAGGAAGGCCAGAAUCUCCUAAAGGUUCUAAACCUCCAAAGAGAAAAACUCAACAGGCUAGGAGAAAUGUCACCACCAAAACAGGCAAAAAGAAAGUUCCUGUGAAUAUUCCAUCUAUUCUCAUUGACAAAAUUUCUUUUCACCACGAGGAAAGUGUUCAACGUUGGAAGUUCGUGGUGCAGAGGAGAAUUGCCCACGAGUUAAUUAGAGAAUUUAUUGUCAAUCUGCCUGAUGAGUUUAAUAAUCCAAGUAGUCCUGAUUAUCAGACAGUUCAUAUUAGAGGGUUCAAAUUUGUAAUUUCUCCUACUGUGAUUAAUGGCUUUCUUGGGAAUAUAGUUGAUAUUGACUGCUCUCCAUCAUGCCCUACUACUGAGGUUCUAGCUACUGUCUUAUCUGAUGGGACCUUCAUAUCUGCUACUUUAGGUACAUUUUUGUAUCAAAUUCUCAAUGAUGAUAAAGUAGAUACGGGUGCCUUCAUUUACAAUCAGCUGUUGAGGUAUGUUGGUUCUUUUGGGGUCAAGGUUCCCAUUGCUCUUCCGUGGUUGUUCUCCAGUCGGUUACUUCACUUGAAUGGAGUUGUGCUUACUGCAACUAAUGUUCCUAGACCUGAACCUAAGACAAUUGCUCUCAGCUACAGACCCUUUCAAGGCAGUCAUGUGUCUGAUAUUGACCAUGGCUUCUAUGUGGAUCGUGAGUUGGCUGCUCGUAUUGUUAAUUCAUUGACUGCUGAAUCUCGUGCACUGACUAACUCUAUCACUCUAUUGUCUAAACGUCGAUUAGAGGUUGAUGCUCUUCUUCAACAUCUGAAGUCUUUGGCACCAUCUACUAGUCGUCGGCAGCCAUCAUCCGGUUAA